AUGGACCUGAAAGCGCUGAUGCUCAAAGCUGGCAGCUGGCUGGUCGAUGGCUUUGGCUGCAUGUUUUACCUUUUGCCACCAAAUCAGCUGGCAUUGGAAAAGGGUGAGGCUGUUCCGAACUACUUGGCCACCCAUGGCAUAGCAAUGUUUGUUGUGCUCAUCUCCACCGAGCUGGCCAUUGGAUAUGCGUGUUCAAAGAAAUGCGUCUACCGCUUCAAUGACUUCAUUGGAUCUUUGUCUUCGGGGACCUGCCAGCAGUUGGUUGGGACACUAACUUCAAGACUUCUGAACCCCAAAGGCAGUUUCACAGUGGUUCAGAGCAAAUACAGCCUAAUGACGCUGAACGUCAAAGCAAGGCCAAUUCAAUCCUGGCUUCUGCUGAUGAUGGGUGUUGAUCUUGCUUACUACUGGGCACACCGUUGCCUUCAUGUCUUUCACUUGGGCUGGGCGGCCCAUAGUGUCCACCAUUCAGGUGAAGAUUACAACUUACCAACUGCCUUGCGUCAAGGCGCUUUGCAGCCACUCAUGACCUGGAUAUUUUCACUACCCUUGGCCUUGUUUUUCCCAGCAGAAUCAAUCUUGGUACAUUUGCAACUGAAUACGUUGUAUCAGUUUUGGAUUCACACCGAAUUUUGUGGCCGCUUGGGAUGGCUGGAAUUUCUCUUUAACACUCCCUUCCACCAUCGAGUGCAUCAUCGGCCCCCUGGAAACUGUAACUAUGCUGGUGUGCUCAUUGUUUGGGACCGACUCUUCAAGACAUACAGCACUGAAACUGAGCGCCUGGAUCACUAUGGCUUGGCGCAACCCGUGCGAAGCUUCAACGUUUGGGAGCUCAAUUUGCAGCAUUGGCGGAAGAUCGCGGGAAGUUCACGGGGCUUUCAGGGCGUGGGCCUGUGGCGACUGAUCCGCGCAUCUUUGGGACACCGAGCUCAUCAUCCCAUGAGAUUUUCACCGCAGGCAUUGCUGGAUCCCUUCGACCCAAUGAAGAAUGGGAGCUGGGCAUUGCCCAAAGAGGCAACGGGCAAAUAUCAGGGCGCUGAUCUGACUUUGCUUGGCAAAACGGCCGCUCUCACCGUGUUUCUGGGGAGUUUUCUGUGCCUCCAACGAGCUGAACGAAAGAAUGUGGAGCUGAUGCAGUUGUGUUGCAACGUUGGCGCUGGUUUGCUUUGGCUCGGUGCUUUAGGUGACAUGUUGGACCAGGGCACCUGCAAUAGGUCACUGAUGUUGAAAAUGUUCACCGCUGCAAGUGUCACUUUGGGGGAUUUUGCCCUGACCGCUGGGGUUUAG